AUUCGCAUGAACGCAAGAUGGCUGCCAAUUUAUGUGAAUGCAAGGACGAGUAGAAAAGUGUUAUGCGCUUGUUAGGUUUAAUCCCGUUUAUAUUGUGAUAAUAACGCUACGAAUAUUACAUUAUUUUGUGUAUGUGUUUUCGUGGUCUUUGUUAUGAGUUAUCGAUGAUAAUAAAAUCAUAUGUGCAAUAUUGCGUUGGAAGGCAGAUAAAAUGUUCAGUGUUGAAUUGUGAUUAUUAUUUAAGCUGUGUGAGUCGUUUUUCGGCUGUAGUUAUGCUUGUUAUUGGAUGAUACCGGUGUUACUGUCAUUUUCGCAAUGGAAAAGGCGAAGGCGUACAUAAAGAGCUCACUGAACGCUGGCGCGGGGGCGGGUGCCGGCGCCGCUGUCAAGUCGCCAGCCUCGCCCGCGACCCGCGACCAGCCCGCGGAGGAGAGGGUGUGCUUCGUCUGCGGCGGUGCUGGCUUCAGCGAUCAGUAUACUAUUAGAGCGAAGCCUGAUCCACAGAGCUCAGAACCUUACUUCCCGUUCCUCGGUGUGAACGCGCCUCCCGCCGGCUAUCGGACCGAGGGCGACGAGGAAGGCACGGUGCGUUGCUGCUGCGUCUGCUACACCUUCCUCAGGCAGCAGUGGGAACAGUACGACAGGGAGAACAAGCCGCAUAGUCAACGGUUCUAUUGGAUGAAGAGGCUCGAUGGGAAACCGUUUAUUGGUGCAGACAUGUCUUUCCAAGGCGAGUACGCCGCGCAGGUGCUCGGGCUGGGCGCGGAGGCGAACGCGACGAGAGACGAGCCCGCCAACCCCGCGCCUCGACCCGCGUCCCGCCCCCUCGCAGAUCCCCCGCGGACAGCAUCGCCGAAGAAGGAAAAUCACACGACCAAAUUUAACAAUCAGCGCUACGCGGGCGGCGCGGCGGGCGCGGCGGGCGCGGGGGGCGGCGCGGGCGCGGGCGCGGAGGAGGAGGGCGUGCUGGACCUGCGCGCGCGCGACCCGUCCGUCAUCUCCGUGGGCUCGCAGCACUCCGGCACGUCGGAGCCCGCCGGCUACCUGGACGCCGUCAGGUCCACGGUGUCGGUGUACUCGGGGAACUCCACGUCGUCGUCGGAGCGCGACAUCCUGGACCUGUCGAUGCCCGACAAGAACUGCAUGACGGAGGUGUGCUACGUGUGCGGCGACGAGUACAAGCGCGGCACGCUCUACAACCUGCACACCAAGGAGCCCAAGGACAAGGCCAACAAGCAGGCGUACUUCCCGAUCUUCGGCGAGCAGCACCCGCGCCCGCCGCGCUCGCGGCCCAAGGACGCGCAGGGCACCGUGCGCGCCUGCGCCGCCUGCCACCACCACCUGCUGCAGCAGUGGAGCGCCUACCAGAUGCGCGGCGUGCCGGCGCACGAGCGCGUGUACACGCUGCGCACGCGGCCGCCGUCGCUGCUGCCGCCCAGCCCGCUCAGCCUGGCGUCGUCGGGCGACAAGUCGGUGGCGGCGCACGCGCACUCGCCGUCGCUGGAGCGCCCGCCCUCGCAGAGCACGGCCAGCUUCGUGUGCUACGUGUGCGGCGUGUCCGCGCCCAGCUCGCAGCUGCGCCUCGUGUACUGCUGCCCCAACCCCGAGCGCGAGACCUACUACCCCUUCAUCACCACGCUCAAGCCGCACCCCGACGCCAGCCCCAUCAGCCCGCAAGGCAUGGUUCAGAUCUGCGCAUCGUGUUACAAGAGCAUCCCGCACAAAUACCCCGCGUACAGCGAGAACGGCGAACCGAAUGCGGCGCACAACAACUCGCAUACCAAUAACAUUAGGUUCAAGCCGUACGACAUGAAGCCGGGCGCGGCCAGCAAGCGGCCGUCCGGCGCGCUGGCGCCGUCGCCGCUGGCGGCCGAGAACGGCAUGGGGCUGUACCGCUGCUACGUGUGCGCCGGGCUGUUCCCGCAGCAGUCCAUGGAGUGGCUGUCCACGGUGGCGGAGUACAUGAACUCGCACGCCAUGCACUUCCCGUGCCUGGCGGGCGGCGCGGGCGCGCGCGGCGGGCGCGUGCUGGCGUGCUCGCGCUGCGUGCGCCACCUGGCGCGCCAGUGGGAGCUCAUGGACGCCGAGCGCGUGCCGCUGGAGCACCGGCGCUACAACAUCCCGUCGCCGCUGCCGCCCGCCGGCGAGCGCGUCAUCCCCACGCCGCCCUCCACCACCUCCGAGCGCACCGUGGCCAGCAACAGCGCCUGCACCUCCAUCUACUGCUUCCUGUGCGGCCUGCACUCCGACCUCACGCUGGCGCGCGUGCUCUUCGGCCAGCCGCAGGGCAACGCGCCCUACUUCCCCUGCCUGCUCACGCACCAGAGUCAUCCCAACGCGGAGCAGCUUCGAGAGAACGGCUCGGCUCUAGUCUGCACAUUCUGCUACCACUCGCUGCUGAGCCAAUGGAGAAGGUACGAGGCGCUAGGCGGCUGUCCGGCGGAGCGGCGAGUGUACAACACGCACGACUACCACUGUCAUUUGUGCGGCAUCAAAACCUACAGAAAAAGAGUACGCGCGCUACCGAUCAAGGAGUUCCCAUUCCUGAUGCAGAGGCGGACGGAGAAUUCGUUACUACUAGAGAACGGAGACUACGCCGUGAUCUGCCUCGACUGCUACGAGAGCUUGAGGACGCAGGCGGCGGACUACGAGCGGCGCGGCGUGCCGGUGGACAAGCGCGAGUACAACUGGCUGCAGCAGCCGCCGCCGCCCGAGGACAGCGCCGACGUCACCAUCGCGCGCCUGCCCUCCGGCGACCGCUCCGACAAGCUGAUCCCGCAGUCGCUGGUGGUGCGCGGCGCCAAGCGGCACAGCCCCAAGCACUGCGCCGACCGCCGCCGCGACCGAGACGCAGGCGUAAGUGCGAACAAGAUCGCCAAGCGGACGGAGUUGACGCCGAACAAGGGGGGCCCGUUUGCGGCGGCUCUGCGCACGCUGGCCAAGAACGCGGGCCCCGAGAAGGACGGCGCGGCGGCCCCCAGCGCGGAACGCGACGUCAGCAAGGAUAAGCCUCCGCCCCCACCGGCCAAGAGAGCUUCGCCCCAUCACCUACCAGCCAGCGGCUUUCAACCCUACCGACCUGAUGACCGGUUAUCGCAUCCCGCGGCGUCGUUCCCGCUGUUGGAACCCGCCGCGUACUCCCCCUAUGCGCACCCUUCGCUCUACUCCAGUGCCGCGCUGCAAUACAGGUUAGCGGCGGAGGAGCAGAUGUAUCUGGAGCGAGUGUUCCGCGGUGGAGUGGGCAUGGGCGUCGGGGUGGGCUGGUUGCCUCCUUACGCGCUCUACCCUCCCUUGGCUCCACCGUUACCACUGGUGCCGCACGCGCCGCACGCUCCGCACGCGCCGCACGCCCCCCACGCCCCCCACGCCCCCCACGCGCCGCACGGGCCGCACGGGCCGCACGCGCCGCACGGGUCACAUCAGCCGCUACACGAAGAGAGGGAAAAGGAGAUCGCGUUGCAAAGGGAGAGAGAGCGGGAACGAGAGAGAGAAAGGGAGAGGGAGCGCGAGCAGCGCGACAAAGAGCAGCGCGAGCGGGCGGCGCGCGAGAAGGAGUCGCGCGCGCGGGAGGCGCUCGCCGCCGCCGCGCUGCACGCGCCGCACGCGCCGCACGCGCCGCACGCGCCGCACGCGCCGCACGCGCUGGCCUACGCCGUGCCGCGCGCGCUGCCGCCGCUGCUGUACCGGCCCUACCGGCCCUACGCCUACGACGAGGCGGACGACGAGCGCGCUCGACCGAGCAAAACAAGUCAACAAAUAACGCCAGCCGAAGAGGAUAGAUCAUCAACAGUGGCCGACCCCAACCCUUUACUACUAACACCCUUAGGAAUAAAACCUCCUGAAACGUCAAAACCUGAAGAACAAUAUCUCGAAAAACCAUGUCCUCCCACUUUCAUUCCACCAAAAAUUAUACCACAUUCGCCAAAAAUUUCACCAUCAUCAAUACCAAAUCCUAAUCCUAGUGUUACAACCACAAAACAAGUUGAACCUGGAUAUCCAAACUAUGGUGGUUACAUGUAUUCUGUCCCAGGAUACUCCGCCUUUCAACCAGUAUCUUACUCAGGCAUAAUUCAGCCAUCUUCAACAACAACAACUCCGGCUCCUAAUGCAGAAAACAAUAAUACAGAUUUCUCCCCGUUUCCUAUAGUAUCUACUAAAGAUACACCUGCUACAAAAGAAAAUGAAAAAAUUAAGCUAAGCGAAAAUAAAACUGCAGAAAAUAAUUCACGGGAUAAUUUACCUAAAACAGAGACAGAUUUUGAAGAACAAUUCAUGCCAGAAAUUAUACCAGCCGUACCUCUUAGUGAAGCCAAUAAAAUUCAAACAACUGAGUCAAAGAUGAGUGUCACAUCAUUAGCGCAAGGAUCAGGAGCUAUCGUGACGAUACCUUCACAAGUUGGAAAUAAAGAUGUUAAAAAGAAACCCGAAAGAUUUAGUCUAAAAACAAGUAUUCCAAUUAGUAAAAUCGAUUUAAAAUGCGUAAGUAAUCCUCCAGACACAUCGUUUCAGAACAAUUUGCCGAAAAAACAUUUUAAUCCAGCUUUCCAUACACCCCUAAAAGAAUGUGGAUCAAAAAUAGAAAUUCAAAGUAACAUUGUUAUUAAAAGCGCAACAAAAGAACCUGAUAUUAAAGAUAGCAGAACUGUAACGCCUCCUAAUAAUAGUAUAAGUACAUUAAUAAAUGCAGCAGAGGUAAUAAAUAAAACAGAAAAUCAGUUUAAGAUGCCUGAACCAUUAUCAGAAAUUAGCAACGAUAAUAAAGAAUCUCAAUUUCUUUCUCCGCCUACAAAUACUUGUUCUUUAUUUAAUCCAAUAAAUUUAGACACAAAUAAAUCUAAUUUUCAAACUAAGCCACCAGAUUCAUCGUUUAGUGAGCCAAAAAACCAAAUUGUGUUUAUACAAAAUAAAAGUCCAUCAAAUGCAAAAAUGUUGUUAGCAAUACAACAGCAAAAUCCUCAAGUAUUAUUACAAAGAACAAAUUUCGAUUCAAAAAACCUGCAAGCUCCUUCACGACCAUCAAGUCAAUCAAAAAAAUGUAAAGAAGAAAUCGUUAGCGAAAAAGGUGCAUCCUCAAAAGUCGUUUCAUUAAAACGUAUGCACCAAGACAAUUAUGACGAGAAUGACUUCGAGAAUUUAAUAACAGAAAACCAAAUUUAUGGUAACAAGAUUGUCGUGAAGGAGAAAUCUCAAGGCACUUUGCAAGAGCAAGAUUUGAAACUCAAAUCUAAAGUUGAAAAAUCUAAUCAAUCCGAAACUAAAAAUGUUGUUUUGCAGCCAAACUUCGUUUAUCUAAGCAAUGUACAAUUCCCAGCUAACCUAAUGAUGAUAAAAAAUAAUUCUAAAGCUAAUUCCGAAACAAAUAAAAUGAGAGUAGCAACAAAUGAAAACAAGCAAAACGAAUCAAUGCCAGCCCCUAGUAAUGAUUUGAAAAUAGCAACUAGUAAAUCUCAAAAUAUUUCAGUCGGUAAAGAAAUACAUGUUCUAAAAUCAAAUAAUAACGUAUUACAAACACUUGCCGGUAAGAAUGGUAAGUCCGAUUUAGUUUUUCAAACACCAAAUCAAAAGGUAUUAAUGAAUCCUCAAAUUGUUUACCAAGUGCCAAUGAUAGUAGAUACAGAUAAUAAAUUGAAUCAAACAUUUGUGAAAGGCGAAUACCCUAAGAUCGUAGGGCAAAAUAAAAAAGAAAUACAGAAGACAUUUGACCAAACGAAAACCAAUGAUAAAUUAUAUAUUGCUUGUCCUUAUCAAAUGGACUCCAAGCUGCAACCAAAGAUAGUAAUAACAAACAUAAGGCCUAAAUUAUCUAAACCAGAGGAAAUCAGUGCACUCGACAUUUAUGAACAGAAAAAAAGGUUAAGAAGACUAAAGUAUUUAUCUAAUCGAGAUCCAAAAAUAAACCAAAAUAACGAUACCCAAAAGACUGAAGGAAAAAAAUCUCAAGACAAUUUAAAAAAUAUAAUAACUCCUGAAAAAAUGAAAGCAGAAAUAUACAAAGAAUUUACUAAUACAAAGUGUAACACUGACGAAGAUAGUAAUGAAAGCGGCAGUGACUAUGGAGAAGAUGAAUUAGAAAAAUAUAAGUCUAUUAUAGAUGAGUAUGGAGAAAUUCCUAUUGAGAAUGAAACUAAAGAGAAUGAUUACAAACAAGCUGAGUUCCUCUCCCAUUUUAGGUUGGCUUCGAGAGACGAAUUCAAAGAAAGAGAACUAGAUCGCCAAGAGAGAGUAAUAAGUCGAGACGCAGUAGCAUCGGCGUAUAUAGCUGUUGGUAGAAUAGAUUGUCUUCUUAAAGAAGAAAAUGUUCCAGAACAGUCCAAAGAAUGUAAUACGAUUUCAAGAAAAAUGUGUUUAGGCACAUUAGAAAAAGAGCAAGGCGUUGAUCAGCAAAGGAAAAGAAAUUUUUUAACAAAUUUAAACUUGAUUAAGGCAUCUCAUCAGUAUAAAGAAGAUUACGAAAAGGUAUGGCAAGAAAUACUGAAAGAGAGAAAACGCCGAGACGGCACUGUGGAAUCCGGUCAGAUAUUGAAGCAGCCAAGGCUUCAAUACAAAAUUGUUGAACUAGACCCAAAGGACCAGUUACAGAUUUUAACAGAAAUAAAGAAACAUGUCAACGAAAAUAACAAUCUUAUUAAAAAGAGAUUGGAUUCCUUUUUCGAGGAUGGAGACAGUAUAAAAGUACUUGCAGAAAAGAACUUCUCCGAAUUAAAUAGAUUAUCUAAAAUGGCGGAUAGAAGUGUCAAACAUUUUAGCGGUCAAGAUACUCAGAAAAGAGAUCUUAACCCCGGUUUUGAUAGUGAAAAUAUCCAAAAAGCAACGAAACCUGGGAAAUAUUACCCAAAUAUUAAUAUACCAAAUAUUUCAAAAAUAAUAUCAUUAAAGACGACGCAAAGUGUUUCAGCUGUAACAUCGACGCAAGCAACUUCUAUGGAUGAGCCCCAAAAUUCUGCAGCUGGAAACAAUGAAACUUUAGUUGACAAUGCUGAAAAAGUUAAAGAUUUUAGCUGUCAGGUUGAUGAAUCAUGUUCGUGGACUGGAAUCGAAGCAAUUAUCAAAACUUACAAAGAAUAUGAAUUAGCUCGCAAAAGAGAAGUCGCCGACCUCCACAAACGGAACACUUCACUACGUGUGGAAUCAGCUCACAUAACCCGCGCCGCAUCACGUGACUCUGACAGAGCAAGAGCACUUUUAGCUGAAAGACGUAACUUGGCAAACGAAGAACGUACGGUUCGUAAUGCCAUACAAUGGUUAUACACCGUGGUCGAUAUUGUCAGAAAUUAUGAAGAAAAAAAAUAAUACCAAUGUUAACGCUGAAAUCGAGAAAACUUACCAAGGCUACUAAAGCCUAACAGUUGUAAAAGGAUAAAGUUAACCGCAAUAAAUUUUUGGGUCCAAAUCGCUAUCGUUUUCAGUACUGACUUCGUGAAGCUAGAGAAAGGCAAUUUAAUGACCAAGCUGAAAUUAUUAAUAAUGUGUGUAACGAACUAACGCUCUAUAAUAGGAAGCAUAAUUGAAACAGGGGAGUGUCCUAAAUGACUUCAUCAACAA